CAAUUUACCGCCAUCACCGUCAGCCUCGUAUAUCCCUCCGGGUCGGUGGUCCGAAGCAUAUCGGAGAGUCGUGUUUCCUCUCUGCGCGAAUUGCAUUGUGCCAUACCUCGCCGUUUUGUCUAUGCCUCGUGAUAGAUGACUGUAGAACGUGGUCGCCGACGUCUGUAACUAUUCAAUUCACGGUUGACAUCAUUUGAAGAAUAAAGUGGAUUAUUUUACAUCUGCUGCUGCAAGAGAUACCGACCAGAGUGCUGUUUGUGUUUUUGUUUUUAUCUGUAAUUUAAUUUAAGCUGUUUGUUGAUUCCUUCUUGACACUUUUGUUAGCUAGUGAUAUUUCGUUACAAUUGGUGUGUUAUUGCUCGUUGAGUGAUAGUAUUGAUUGAGAAGAAGAUUAUAUAAACAUUCAAGAUGUACAUGUACGAUCCACCAAAGAAGAACAACUUCACGUCAGUCGAAGAAUUCCAGGAAGCCUUCAACCUGUUCGACAACCGCGGCGAUGGCAAGAUCCAACAGCAGCAGAUCGGCGAGUGCCUGCGCGCCUUGGGCCAGAAUCCGACUGAGUCGGACGUGAAGAAGUUCACCAUGCAGUUGAAACCGGAUGAACGUGUAUCGUUCGAGGUAUUCCUGCCGAUUUACCAGGCCAUCUCUAAGCAGCGUACCGCCGAUACGGCCGAUGACUUUAUCGAGGGGCUGCGCCACUUCGAUAAGGACGCGAGCGGAUUCAUUUCGUCGGCCGAGCUGAGACAUUUGCUUACAACGCUGGGUGAGAAGUUGGCCGAUGAUGAGGUGGAGCAACUCCUCCAGAAUCAGGAAGAUUCGCAAGGUAACGUUAACUACGAAGAGUUCGUUCGAAUGGUCAUGAGCGGUUAGAUAUGGACCACAAUGCUGGAUGCAGCAUAUCCACCAUGUUUUACUAUGUCAUGUAUUAGAUACUUCCACUUAAAAGAAAGAAAAACAUCUAUUAGAAUUCGAAUGUGCCCAAGUUUUGUUCAAUGAACUUAAAAAUAGUUACAACAAAAGGUGGAACUAUCAAAUUUAUAUUUAGCUUCGUCCGAUAGGCAGGACACAGUGUAGGGUUCAAAAUGUUACUUAACAUGAUUUUCUUUGUUUUCAACAGUUUAACGUUUAUGCCAUCGGAUUGGAAAACCAGUUCAGGUGUUAAAUUUUAUCAAAAAAUACUAAGUAGUAUUAUUUACAGUCUGCACAUUCUUCAUUUUCGUUGUUUAGUUGCAUAUGUAAGACUUUUGAACCUGCAACUGGUUAUAGCAAUCAUCGAAUGCAUUUCUUCAACUAUUACGUUUGAAAGUAAAUAAAAAACUGCUUUUAAUACCUAUAUAAAACCUUUAUUAUAUUUUUAAUGAGUAAUAAAAGCCUAAUUUAUACACUAA